AUGCACGCAUCCAAGAUCUUCGCCUCAAUUGGCCUUGUGGCUUCUGCUCAUGCCACAGUCAUCCGCUAUGAGCGCGAUCUCGAAGCCAAUGCUCCUGCUCUCGAGAAGCGAGCCGAACCGACUGCCGCUUGGGUUACUGUCGAUGAUGAGAUGCAGCCCGCGACGACAUACACUCCCUCGUAUACCACCGUCGAUGGCACCACUUCCAUGAUCGACGCUCCUCCUCACGAUCUUACCGCCACUGUCUACACCUACACCAGCUGGGGCAAGAUUCACACCAGCACUGGCGAGCCUCCCAACCCACAGGCCACCGGCAAGCAUGGCGAGGGUGUCUUUGCGCGAUGCUACAACAAGGAUGGCGAUAAUGCUCCUUUUUGCUCGCCUUACGCCAACAGCACCCUUGAUGCUAAGAAGACAUACUUUGUUACCUGGGAUCCCGAUUACUUCAACAAGACCAAGUCCUCUGAUAACUCCACUCUUAUGGUCACUGCCCGCCUCGACCUCUACAACCGUACCAGUGAAUCAUGGGUGAAGUACAAGGAGUUCACCGAUUCCGCCGUCCCCGCUGCCUGGGGCUACUGGCCUUUCGAAGCCAAGAAGGAGUACAUGAAGUACUCGCCCUACAACAUCUCCAUCACCCUCUACAGCAACAGCAACAACUCCCUCGAGAAGACCAAGUCCUCAUCUCUAUACCUCAACCUCAAUGAUGAGAACUUCCCUGAGAAGUCCCACGAGAAGUUGCCCGAGGGACAAACCCUGACCAUCGCUCUGCCUGUCGUCUUCGGCUCUCUCUUCCUCCUCAUUGUCGGUGGCUUCCUCUGGAACCGCAAGACGCGUCGUAUCGGACUCGGCAACAUCUCGAGCCGUUCUCGUCACGGUUACACUGGCCGUGCCAAGCGCCGUAUCUUUGGCGCUAGGGACAAUGGCAUCCAGCUCGAUACUUCAGUUCCUCCUCCCGGUGAAUACCGUGACGCUCCUCGGCGUGCUCGCGCCGACAGCGACGGUCUCGGCAGCUUGGCCGGUAGCCCUGUCGAUGCUACAUUCCCUCAGCAGGGCACCACAGGUGGUCGCAACGCUUUCCGCGACGAAGUGCGAAGACAGGAGGAGGAGAGACGUAUGUAA